AUGGUUGUUAACACCAAAAGACAUAACAACAAUAUCAACAAACGUCCGAAACAAGCAGAAAGAGAGAAGCAGAGAGAACCGUCACGAAGCGACGCGGCGGCAAGAGGAGGAGAUACACGGAUAGAGGCGGAGAGAAUCGACGAGGCGGAGAGAAUCGACGAGGCGGCGAGAGGAGAAGCGACGCGGAGAGAGGCGGAGAGAAGCGGAGAGGUCGCGAGAAGCGGAAAGGCGGAGAGAGGUGGAGAGAAGCGACGAGGCGGCGAGAGGAGGAGAGACGCGGAGAGAGGCGGAGAGAAGAGGAGAGGUCGCGAGAAGCGGAGAGGCGGAGAGAGGUGGAGAGAAGCGACGAGGCGGCGAGAGGAGGAGAGACGCGGAGAGAGGCGGAGAGAAGAGGAGAGGUGGCGAGAAGCGGAGAGAGGUGGAGAGAAGCGGAGAGGCGGAGAGACGGAGAGGAUGAUAGAGAAGCUUCGGUGGUUUCCGUCGUUGAUUUCACCGGAGGGAACACAACGAAGCAGACACAAUCGCCAUGUUCUUCGCCGUUGA